AUGACCAACCUCCUCGGGACGGAAGAUGGCAACACUGGAGUCGGUCCAUAUCUCGACUGUUACUGCACUCCAUCUGGCUUCUGGACACCUGGUCGAGGAAGCAAUGUUCAGUACCAGCUGUUCAACGGCAAAGAUUCUACUAAUACUUCGUAUGGGGGUAUCAGCAUGGGCGAGACCUACGCUCCGACCGGUCAGAGGCUAGAGCAGUACUGGUUUCUAAGAGAAGGGGAAACAGGACUGCAUACCUUCAGCCGUGUGGUGUACAACAACAAGACCACUCCAUUCUUGCGCAACCUGCAAGAGUUCCGCACACUGUUCAGGCCAAACCAUGAACCCGCGCUCUUCACGCACUUCAUUACCAACGAGAAGUUUGCUGCACCCCGCCCAGAUACCGAGGGACAAGUCACUGUUCAAGACGCUACAUGGUGGCUGGCCAAUAAGGAAGAUCCGUACGUGACGGGCGUAGGAGACUACUUCACGAAGUACACCUUCCAAGACACAUGGCGCGAUCACAAGGCCCAUGGUAUGUACGCCGACGGUACUGGUAGCGCCAAUGGCUCAACCUACGGCGCCUGGCUUGUACACAACACUGUCGAGACUUACUUCAACGGUCCCGUGCAUUCUGACCUCGUCGUCGACGGCAUCGUGUACAACUACAUGGUCUCCAACCACCAUGGCGAUCAGACACCCAACAUCACCGAUGGCUUCGACCGUACCUUUGGGCCACAGUACUUCCACUUCAACUCAGGCGGCUCGCUCGAAGAGCUCCGGGAAGAUGCAGAACAGUAUGGUCUCCGUCCGGAAUGGAACGCCGACUUCUACGAUUCCAUCGCAAAACACGUACCGAACCUCGUCCCCACCUCCGGUCGUGGUACCUUGAACGCAAAGAUCAACCUGCCCACCGGAGCCAAGAACCCCAUCGCCAUUCUCACAGAGAGCGGCCACGACUUCCAAGACAAUGUCUUCGACACCAAAGCAUACCAAUACUGGGAAGACAUCUCUCCCGCAGGCGAAGUCACCAUCCCACGUGUAAAAGCAGGGAAUUACCGUCUCACAAUCUACGCCGACGGCAUCUUUGGCGACUACAUCCAAGACGACGUUCUCGUCUCCGCUGGAGAAGAAACUUCCAUAACUACGACAUGGACCCCCGAGUCCGCCGGCACAGAACUCUUCCGCAUCGGCACCCCCGACAAAUCCUCAGGCGAAUACCGUCACGGCUACGCCCAGUCCUCCACGCAUCCCCUCCUCACAGAAGAAUACCGCCUCUACUGGGGUGCCUACGAUUUCAUCGACGAGUUCCCCGAGGGCGUGACGUACAAAGUCGGUCAGGACGACGCGUCUCAAGCGCUCAACUACGUCCACUGGGCUGUCUAUGGCGGGAAAGCGAACUACUAG